UGACUCUUCCCCCCAUCAGCUAUGUGACAAGAAGUCACUAAACUUUUCUAUACCUCAGCUUCUUUAUUAGUAAAAUGAGAGGUGGGAUUAGGUUACCUCCAAAGUUUUAACAUUCUGUGAUCUUAUACAAAUACAAGUGAAGAAGCAUUUUUAUUUUUAAUAACACUUUCCUCUUCAGAUGGUCAAGUUAUUGUGAUUGAAGGCAUUCCAGAAAACCGGAAACAGUGGCGGCAUGAAGCUCCAGGAACUUUAAUGAGUGUUUUGGCAGCAGCACAUCUAACGAGUAGCUCAUUUUCUGCCGAUGAAGGAGAAUUUGCAAUGGGAACAUUAAAACAAUGGCUACCCAAAGAAGAAGAUGAAGGGAAGGUAGAAAUGGUCUCUGGCAUUGAAGUAGAUGAGGAACAACUAGAACCAAGAUCUGAUGAUGAUGAUACAAAUUUUGAAGAAUCUGAAGACGAGUUGAGAGAUGAAGUAGUAGAAUCCUUAAAAAAACUUGCUACUUUCAAAGAGGAAGAUAAAACAGGAGAGGCCUCCAGUGCCUCUAAGGACUCUGGAAAGUCAAGUGAAAGAGAGGGGAUAAGUAUGCAGAAAUCUGAAGAAUUAAGUGAAGGCUUGGAGAAUAUUUCUACUACAUCUAAUGAACACAUUUGUAUUACAGAUGAAGACCAAGGAACAUCAACAACUAGUCAAAAUAUACAAGUGUGA